GAGCUCAACUCAAAUUCACUCACUCAGCAUGAAGGAUCUCAGUCACAGAGGGGCUCUUCUAGCCUGCUGCCUGCUGUUUCUGCUGAUUGUCCAACAGGUGACCUGCAGUCCUGUGCUUCAGCCAGACACACCCUCAACCUCUGUGCAGAAAGUCCAAAGGUCACUGAAGAGAACAGCUCGAAUGACCCCAUUAUGGAGGACUGUGGGUACUAAACCACACGGUGCCUACUGCCAGAACAACUAUGAGUGCUCCACAGGAAUAUGCAGGAUGGGCCACUGUUCCUACAGCCAACCGGUUAACUCCUAAAAUGAGGUUUCUACACCAUCGUGCAUGACAAGAGCUUGAUUCAGAGAGCAGCAGCAAGCGAA